AUGUGCCGGGCCACGACCAACGUCAGCCGGACCGACUCCGUGCGUCUGCCAGUCCCGCCACGGAUUCAUCUGGGAUCCUCACACAGAGCAGCCAGCAGAGACCAGGGAUCAAGGCGCAGAUUAGCGCCAGUUGCCUUCUGCGGAACAGCUCGCCCCUUCCAGGCCUGGCGACCGUGGAGGGAGGGGAAAAGCGAACCGCGCACCGCUGCGGGAAGACACCGAAGCAAGAGAGACACCCCCUCCCGCCCCCCACCUUGCAGCGCAGGCUUUUGAACGCUGCUUCCCCCAUCUGAAUGGAAACUCGGAACCGCCCGGCGGCGCGUUCCUCCUCGCUCAGCCUGUCAAUCCAUGCCGAGAGGAAGGCGGUGCAAGCCCGCGCCAGCAGCGUCCAGCUCCCGGGACAGGGUCGGCAAUGCUGCUGAGCAGAACUUGAUCGCGCCUCUUCGUCGCUGCUAGUGGAAGCGAUGCUGCACCGCACAGGCAGCGCUUCCCCGGCUCUCCUUCAAGCUGAAGGUUACCCACCCGCGCAGCCAGCCGCAACCUUGUGAGCCGCGCGCGCCUCGGGGUCGGGGCUCCGGCUGCUCCGCGGCGGCGUGCAGGGGCAACCACCGGGCCGCCCGCGCCGGGGCGCACUGCACCAGCGGCUUCGGCUUGGUGGAUGUGUAUGCAUGAGUUCUGCACCGAAUGGGCGCAAAAAGCGCCCCAGCCGGUCCACCCGCUCCUCGAUCUUCCAGAUCAGCAAGCCUCCGCUGCAGAGCGGGGAUUGGGAGCGCAGGGGCAGCGGCUCCGAAAGCGCCCACAAAACCCAACGAGCCCUGGACGACUGCAAGAUGCUUGUCCAAGAGUUCAACACACAAGUGGCCCUGUACCGAGAGUUGGUCAUUUCUAUUGGAGACGUCUCGGUCAGUUGCCCCUCGCUCCGGGCGGAAAUGCACAAGACAAGAACCAAAGGCUGUGAAAUGGCCCGUCAGGCACACCAGAAGCUGGCUGCCAUCUCAGGCCCGGAAGAUGGCGAGAUCCAUCCCGAAAUCUGCCGGCUUUACAUCCAGCUGCAAUGUUGCCUAGAGAUGUACACAACGGAGAUGCUGAAAUCCAUUUGUCUGCUGGGGUCUCUUCAGUUUCAUCGGAAAGGGAAGGAAGCUAGUGGAGGAGCGAAGAGUUUGGACAACAAAAGUGAGGAGAAUGCUGAAACACCUGCCCUGGAGGACUCCUCUUCCCCUCUAGAGAGCCAGCAGCAGUCCUGGCAGGUUUCCACAGACAUCGAGAAUACUGAAAGAGACAUGCGAGAAAUGAAAAACCUCCUAAGCAAACUCAGGGAAACCAUGCCUUUACCGCUGAAAAAUCAAGAUGACAGCAGCCUUCUGAAUCUAACUCCCUACCCCAUGGUGAGAAGACGGAAGAGAAGGUUCUUCGGGUUGUGUUGUCUUGUCUCAAGCUAGGUGGUUCCCCCUGGAAACUCACAGCCAAGAUCACCUGAAAAACACCCCAGAGCCGGAAGCCUCCACACAGCGGAACACCGAGAAUGGUUUUGGCCACCUUUUCUAUGCUUCCUUAUUACUUUUAUCCGCCUCUCCCUGCCCUUUUAAAUGAUUUUACACUUGAAAGCAGCUGCCAUCAAGGAAAAAAAAAAAACAGAUUCAAAAAGGCGCAGCCUGUUUUUAAAGGGAUUUUUAAAAAGUUGACAUUGUGCAUGUCUGCUCUGAACCAUGCCAUGACAGAUGCAAGAAUUAUGAUUUUUAAAUUAUUUAAAGGUUUUUUUAAAUGUAUUAUACAGAGAAAAAUUAUUUCACAUAUAAUAGUAUAUCUGUAGCUCUUGCUGAUUUCAUGUUAAUUUAUCAGAUAUGAAAGAUGUCUCUAAACAUAGAAAUCUAUUUAAAGCAGCAAAACUGUUUAAAAAUGUGAUCUGAGUAUCAUUAGAAAUACUACUAUAACCAAACACACACCACCUCAUGUGUUGCUUUCUCUGCACUCAUUUACAUAUAGUCUUCCAUUCUGUCAGAAUCUAAGUGUCAACAUAAAAAAAACUUAAGUUAUAAUGCAACAAAACCAUAUGUGAAAAAUACAUUUUGUAAAUACACAGGAAUCCUAGUAUCUUCGUACAAUGCAUAUGGGCAACUAAUUUUCUUUUAAUCCAAUGGUGUCUUUUUAAGCUUCUUGGAAAAUGAAGUUAUCCAGUUAGGAAAUGGUGUAGUAACAUAUACAAUUACCCUCAGAUGUAAAAUUGAAUAUUAUCACAUUUUGUUUGAAUUGAAAUCUGAAGCAUGGAGUCCGCACAUCAGCAUAAUGUUAAAUCUUUUAGGGCAUGCUGGAAUUAGCUCAGAUCAUAAAACUCUUUAAUAUUUUACAUUAUUAAUGAAAAAAAAUGUUUUAGUUAAGCUUAGCUUGUCUCAUUUUAGAUGACUAUGCAGCUAUGGCUUUUCCAAUGUUACUCUGUGUCUUGUCUUCACGUCUAGCAUCUUGAGAGCAGGACACAUUAAGCAAUACUGUACUUUAGGAAAGAGGGAGCCACGCGCUAUGUUUCUCUGCUCACGGCUCUGUUAUGCGCUUCUUCCACUGAACCUGUUAUACGGUACAAUCCUGUUUUUCCUUCUAUCCUCCCUUUGGCCCUUUUCCCAGGCAGAAUUCCCCAUGAGUUGGAUGAUGACUCUUCACUCUUCUUGCUUUAUUUUCCAUUCUCUGGACAAUCUUCAUGUCAGACAGGACGUACCAGUGCCCAAUCUUGAGAGGAUCAAACUAGCUUCAAAUGGCUCUAAUCCCACCGUGAGGAGGCAGGCACUUAUGUGUACACUAAUAUCUGGUCUAAGAAUAAAAUAUUUUAAAGCCUUUUACCUUACAGAAGAUGGAAAGCAUGGAUAAUUCUUGUAUUGGGUUGAAUUCUAUGAAAUGGCUGAUAUUUGACUGUUUUGACCUAUAUAAAAAAAAAUGGCAAUUUCAAGUAUUUCAACCUAAUAUCUAGAAAGGAAAUCGUACAGCACUUGAUUUUCUCCUAUCCAAGAAUUCAUGGAUGGAAAAGGCCUCCAAAGUCUAUCAUUGGUCUGUAUUUCAAUCCCACCAGUUACUGUUGACCAUAUUCUUGGAACCUCGCACUAUGUUCCACUGAGCUGGUAACUAAUGCAUUGUUACGGGUACGAAUCGAUUCAGUAAAAGAAGUUCUUUUGACAAAUUGUGUGAGAAAACUAUAGUUUUUCUGAAUCGAAAUGUUCAUGAAGCAAUGGAAGGAAUGUGUUGCUUAAAGACUCUUUACAAAGCAAGGAACUCUUCCCCACUCACCUGGCCCGCCAUCUUGAAUAAAGCUGAGUAUUCGCCCCCGAAUACAGCUCAUCUCAAAUGAGACAACCCCUGAGGUUAUCUCAUUUAUGAGCUAUCAUUUCUAGAUGGCAUGUUCUCAGCUCCCGUCUCUGUUCUGUCGAACGCUCUGAAGGGACCGAUCCCUACACUUCAGCCUCAUUCCUAGUAAUCCAUGCAAACUCACUAACGGAUAAAAUCCCCUCGUGUGCAGCACACCCUUCCUGAGGCCUGACCUAAAUCGCUCCUGCUUUGCUCAUUUGUGCUCGCUCUCUCCUUAGUCUCCGCGUGAUAAUAACACCUUCUGUGCAAUUGUCCUUUGUACAACUAAAGACUGUUAAAAAAAAAAAAUUCAGGUCUCACCUCCAUGUCUGAGAAGGUCAUGGUAGCUAUCCAUGGAGAUGGGAAUUGUCUAAUUACCUAGCCAGACUUCCGUAUCUAAGGUAAUCUAGUCCAAGCACCUUAUCUUUUAUUCAGUGCCUGUUUUCCAGCCUUUG